AGCAAUAUCCUUUACAUGACUCGAGUUUAGGCCGACGAUAUAGGAUCAUCAAACGUGUUCUCUCCGCAGGAAAUUCUCUAAGAAAACUUCUGAUGAAACUUACUUUGUAGUGAAUUCUUGAGACGUAUUGGCUAUCGUGAAUACAAGCACAUUUCAAGAUGUCUUCUCUACGCAAUGCAGUCAAGACCCAACGUGAACACAGGGAAAGACACCAGCCUCAGAGUCGGCAACAUCUAGGGGCAUUAGAAAAGAAAAAAGACUACAAGAAACGAGCAAACCAAGAAAGCCAACCCAGCCAAGCUCCUUGACACCCAUCCAUCACUACUCAAUAGGACCUUCAACAGGCUAAGGACAUCGCAGUUGUCAUCACUAUCGAGGGAGCUGAACGACCCCGAGAUUUUGAAGAAUGUAACCAUUUCAAAGGGCAAAGCCUACAAAGAACUGGCCAAGAGGAUAGAGAGAGAGGACAAACUCCGCAUUAUGCAAGAGAAGUUGGAAGUGCGACAGCAGCUCAUGAAAAACAAGGAAAAAGAAGGCAAACCUCCUAAGCUAGUUGUCGAGGGAACCAGUACCUCUGCACCUGUGUACAAGUGGCCACAGGAACGUCAAAAAUAAAAGCUGAAAGAAAUAAAAGGCCUAUUGUUUAAAAUUAUCUACUAAAUCAAUAUGUAAGGUCAUUGGAGGCCUUUUAAACAAAAUUGUUAUUUGACAGAUUUACAAAGGAAAAAAUAUUUUUGUGUGCGUGUAAUUUAAGGUACAAGUAAAGCUUGUUUUUUCCAA